AUGAAAUGGAAAAAUAAGCAGCCAAAACAGUCGAUAUCCAGCGUCACGUCGAUGUCCUUCCUGUCCGACGAAAAUCUCACCUUUCAUCGCUUCUCCGAUGGGACAAUCUCGUUCACAUCCGAGCGUAAAAAAUCGAUGCAAAACGUACUAGACACCAACGGAGGUAACAACAGUGCCCAAGCAAUGACGAUGGCCGGUCAUGGAGUAACAAAACCACCCGGUUCAGCCACAACAGCAUCCGGUGGUGCAAACCACACGAUCGAGCGUACUCGCAAGCACUCCUACACCCAAGCAACGACGGGUUCAUCCCCAAUUUGGACAACGAACGCAUCCUUCAACAAUUACACAACCAACACCAUCACAAACAGCAACCGCCGGCAUGCCGGAAAUCGGCCACGAAAUGUCACACCAGGCGAUGCCAACGACGUGGAAGGACACGCCGCAGGACCUACAACGACGGCAGGUGUUCCAACGCUCGGUGACCUGCGUUACCUAUCGUCACCUUCAGCUAACCCGAACGACUCGAGCGUUAUCCAGAACGGUUCCACCGUGAAGCUCAUCUCCACCAAAGCCGGCGCCAACAACACCGUCGCAGCAAGCGAUGAUCAGUCAAACAAGCAGUCAAGAUCAUCCAUAUUUCGCGGUGUGAUACUAUGCCUCUGCCUGAACCUCACCUUCGCCAACGUGGUCCGGUUCCCGCGGGAACUGCAACUCCACGGGUCCGCCUUCCUGGUACCGUACGUCAUCCUGCUCCUUCUAGUCGGCCUACCGGUGGUUCUGCUCGAGGUCUCGCUGGGGCAGUUCCUUGGCCAAGGUUCGGCUCACAUGUGGCGUGCAGCUCCCUUCCUAAAGGGUGCCAGCCUGGUGGGACGUAUUGCUUCGUGGCUGGCGGCGAUAUGGACGUCGAUGCAAUCCGUGAUUGCGUUGCUCUACAUCGGUAUGCUAGCCUUCAAAUCUGUGCCAUUGCGGGAGUGCUCUAAAUCAGUUACAAUCAACCCGCAAGCCAUCUACAAUGGCUACGAUGUACAGCAAAGCAGUGGACAGGAAUGUUUGAAAUUAACGUUUCUCCGUCCCGUGUGGAGAAGUUCGCUGUACUUCGGGUUGCUAGCGCUGAGCCUGAUACUGCUGUGGGUCAUCUCGAUGGUCUGCACGCACAGCGGCAAAAUUAACCGCCGAUCGGUGUACCUGUUCGGGUUUGCGGCACUAGCCCUGCUCGUCUUCGAGACCGGCUGGGAGGUGACGAAAUCGAUCAACGAGCAGUACUUCCCCGAACUUUGGCCCUUCCAUCCGGAAUCGUUCGCCGACAGUACGGUCUGGUUUAACGCGCUCGUCCAGGUGAUCUACUCGCUGAACAUUGGCUUCGGUGCCGUACCGGUGCUGACCGGCAAGUUCCUCUACAAGGGUGACGCGAUCAAGACCUCGUUCGUGUACAUCCUGUUCAACGUGCUUGUCACCUCGAUCGCGGGCGUGUUCUACGUGUUCCAGUUCCACAACACCUUCACGGAGGCGCACCCGUUCUAUCCGGAGCUGAGCACGCUUACCGUCAUCUACGAUCGCGCCAUCACGGUGCAGGAAUCGGAUCCGGCCAUCCAGCGGCUCAUACCGGCGCUCUCGUACGCGAUGAUCUUCAUCUCAUCGCUUGUCUCGAUCGCGAUCUACGUGUACACCUCGACGCGGAUGAUCCGGAAGCACCCGAACUACACGGUCUGUCUGGCCGGGUUGGUGGUUGCGAUCGCGGGUCUACUCUGCCCGAACUACAUCUUCCCGCGCAUACUGGACACGCGCAUCGUCGGUGCGUUGGCCGUGUGCGCCAUGAUCUUCGAGAUCAUCCUCAUCAUCUGGGUGUACGGAUCGAAGAACCUGUACACCGAUCUAGAGUUUUCGCUUGGCCGACCAGUGCUGAAGGCGUGGCUGUUCAUCUGGGGCUUAAUCCCGGUGCUGCUGAUGGCGCUGCUCUGCUGGUGGGCGAUCACGUACUACGACAACGAUCUGCUGAUCGAUUACUUCCCCAAGUGGCUGCCGGUCGUGUUCAGUUUGACUGUCAUUGUGCUGCUGGCGUGUGUCGAGAUCAGCAAGCAGGUGGAUUACAACGUGUUCAGCAUGAUCCACGGUGCGACGAAACCCUCCAAGGAUUGGGGUCCGGCCGAUCCGCUUGUCCGGCACGCCUGGAAGCAAUGGAAAUCGGUGUGUGAGGAUACGGGUGAGCGUGAUUUUACGCUGCGACGACGUGGCACUAAGGACUACACGAACUCGAUCAAGAAGGGCCAGUAUUCGCACUCACACAAGUACGGUGCGUCCUCGAAUCGGAACCUCUCGACGGCGGGCAGCAAUUCGCCCAACUACAGUGGAUCCGUGUUUGGUGAUUCCGCCAUCGAGGAGGACAUGAGCGUGGAGAAGUACCCGCACUAUGGCAAACAUUCGCCUCAGCAGUCCCAACAGCAGCAGCAGCAACAGCAACAUCAGCAACAUCAGCAAACCUCACAGCAACACACCGUGCUCGGAAUCGGAGCGUACGGGAUGGACACACCACCACCAUUGCCACCACCCCACGGGGACACCAUCGACGACUGUUCGCCCCGUAUCUCGGCCAGUUCGCGGAAGUCCUCCAGGGCAACGAAUCACGCCAAGCGAACGCCAAGUGAACGCAGCCAAACCGAUCUGCUUCCGCCAAACUCGCGGAAGUCCUCCGACAACAGCUUCGAGGAAGCAGGUGCAUUCGCUCGGGGCCAUGCUAACGUCCGCAAUCCGCUUGCCAAGGGUGGCCACCACAACCAUAACCACCUGCCAAGGCACUACCACCCACACCACCAUCAUCACCACCAGCAGCAGGGCAAUGGAUCGAUGGUUCCGGUGCACGGUGGCAAGCAGCAAUCCGGUGUGUCGUACCACCAGGACGGAGGAACCCGAAACGAUGGUUACAAUCGGGACAUUUUCAUCAGCAACGGACACGCGGCACCAUCCGGUGGAGCCGAUCACAUCUGCUGGCGAAAGUUCUCGAUCAACUCGGAGGAAUACUCGACGGAGCUGUAGACGUGUUCAUGUUACUUCGUUACAACCCAUUUUGUUUCGUUUCGUGGGCAUUCCAUUUUUGUACAUAUUAGACAAGUGUUGGGCCACAAUUUGGGCGCCUCGCCUCGACCCAGGUGUGGACAAGGGACUGAUUUCAUAGGGAUACCCAGCGUGCCGGGGGCGAGCCAGCGGUGGUUUAUGUCUUAUUUAUUCGAAUAGCGGAAAAUCCCCUCCUUCUCAUUCGAAUGUCCGAAUGUCCGUAGAGUAGUUGUUUGUGUUAGCAUGUGUGCAUGUGCUGUAGGUGUUGUUUUGUAAGUUCACCUUGAUGGGGAAGGAUCCCUCUUUACGCUUAACCCUGUUACGUGUUGGAGUGUUGAUUUAGCGGAGGAAGUUGCACCCGAACUGAACGAACUAAUGGAGCGGAUCCUGAUGUUCACUGUAAGGCGUAAGGAUACCAAAAACAAAAUCGAGUAACAGAAAAAAAAAGAAUAAAAAUCAUUGUCUACCACCAAAUGAACAUGCGCUUGUUAGAAGUGCACCCCACCCGGGUUCGAGACAUUUGUUGCAUGGUGGAUAGAUAGAGCGUACUUUUGCGGCUUUUGCGGACGGGCGAGUUAUCGACCGUGUUGAAUACGAAUAUAUCGAAACGGAAAUGUUACAUCGUCUACCAGCAAUAGUCAACUUAAAAAAAACUCAUUUGUAAAUUGCCAAGUUUCGUUUGUGUCUGAUUUUUUUUUAUUCGCCAGCACGGAAAGGUCCCUGUACAUAUGAUUAGCCCACACCUUCCGGAUGGCAUAGCGGUAAUAAUAAAAUGGUUACUUUUGAAAUGACAACCGAUCGGGUGUACCAUUUUUCAGUUUUUUUGUUGUUUUAGAAUUGUUAUAGAGUUAUAAUUUGAGAAAAGGUCACAAGUAAGAAACCAACAUAAUAUGGUC